AACAUUUAGAGCAAGACGGACCAAGAAAAGAGGUGGAUCUUGAUAGUGGGCCCGGAUACGCCACCUGGAUUGUGUUGAGACUCUCCCAACAACCUGGACCUGGACAAAUCUGAGAUCAGACUCAAGAGGAAACAAGAAUCCUGUGUCCAUAGUUCAAAUGAGGCACAAAGGAGCAAAACUGCGGGCAGCAGCUCUCAAGUGAAUAUACCAACUUCAGUUCCAGACACUUCCAGAGAAUUAAGAAGGGAUUCACCGUUACCACAGAAGAUACAAUUUCUGGGCAAGAAGGACAAAGACGUUAUCGCAGUUGUUUGCAAUGGUCAUAAAUCCAGAAUUGGACUUCUAUGUGGUUCAGAAUCAAGAACAACUUGAAGUCAUGUUGUCUUCAGCCAUGGUGACAGUUCUUGCCCCCACAUGGAGUGGUCGACUUCGACGGUCCAAAAGGUUUGAGGCGACAGGCAGUUUGGAAACCUUGGCAAAUCUACAAAGUGUGGAAGCCUCUGAGGCAAGUCAUUCACAGGAUUACUCUCAGGGGUCUCAAAGUUGUAUGGGGACGGCGUUUAAUUUAUCACAACCCCAGUCGAGAGCUCCAUUUCUGAGUAUUGGGCAAAACACAAGAGGUUGGUCCACUAAAAGUGGUCUGCAAAACCUGGACUAUGAGUCGAAGAGUAAAGUUGCUCGAACGUUGUCGUUAGACGGAAGCUCUAAACGGGCAGAAAUCAAGAAAUCGGAACCAAGUGGUGCGUGGGAUCUAUCAGGGCAAAAGAGGAAUCCUCAAGAUGGUUAUCCAGUGCAGCACUCAUUUCUGAGUUCAAAACCAACAACGAGCAGUCUUCUUCUGUCUUUAAGAAGAAUAAACAAUCAAAACAUGAACUCUAAUAACCCUACCCCAUCUGAGGUCAGGCCAAUAUCUCUGAAGAGUGACCAAGAUGUAAAACUCCUCUCAACACACCUGUCUCAACCCUUUCACAAAAGACUUGAGCGAGAAAAGUUCAACCCGCUCCCCUCUUCAUUGUCCAUUUCUCCUGCGGUACCUGAGACACAAUCAAUUGGUUCUACACAAUUGACAAAUCCCAGUAACAGAGGCACAUCAAAAAUAAGCUUGUUUUCAUCUUCAACCGUGAAUAAAGUCACAACUGACACACCCAAACAACCACAAACAGUGAAUACGACGCAGUCAAGUCUUUCUUGCUCUCGGGAAGCACUUCCCAGUCGACGACCAUCGGAAAAUGAACAGAAUUGGAGCAGUCCAGGACGAGGCUUAAACCUCUUUUCUGAUAAUUCACAUAAACAUAUUCAAUACAAAUCUGGUUUGCUUUCAGAAAGUGGCACACCUCCCGGAAAAACAUCUGGAACGUCCUCUUCCAUGUGGCAACAAAAUAGCCAUAAGAGCACUGCUACUCCGCUUCACACAGACACGCCCAACAUCAUAAACAAGCCAAGCACACCCUUAAUUCCUCUAUGUAACAAUAAUUGUGACACGCCAGUUCUAAAUCCAUCUAACAAUAAAAGUCUUAACUGUCAAGUCUCAAAUAAUAACACCAACAGUGGCACAACAGAGCCAGUUUGCAAUGGGAGCAUCAAGUCUGUGAUGAAGCCACAGAAACCAGGAACUAGUUGUGUCAAAGAGAGGAUUUCUAUAAAUUCACUUGAGAAAAUCAGACUUUCCAAACAACUGUAUGAGUCCAGUUUAAGAAAACUAGAAACACAAAAGUGUCAAAGUUUGCCUGACAGGCAACCUGCACUGGAUCACCCAAGUGAUUCCAUGAGGCAAGAUGGAAGUAAUAAUUCGUUCAAAGCACAUGUGAGCAAAUUGGCACCCACUUUGUUAAAUCCAAAUAGGCCUAUACCUCCUGAGAGAAAAUUCAGAAAUGAUCAGGGUUCGCUCAUAACAAAUAAGACUGAUCAAAGCCAGACAAUUAAUCAGACGUCAUCUUAUGAUAGCGCCAUCACUCUCAACAGCCAGGUUAUUGCCUUGAAAAAUGUAGGUGGUUUCUCACAGAACCAAAAUGCCCGUCCAUCAUUUCAGUCCAAGCCCGAUUUGUCUCAGUCAAAUAUUAACAUUUCAUCAUUGAUUGGCUCUGCAUCCCAAACACCAAAAGACGGGAAUUCAGGCACCACCAACACCGCACCUUUUGGGUUUCAAAGAAGUUAUUCUGCCACCCCAAAGCCUUUCCAACCAAAAACCGUGCCUCGCCAUCUUCCAAUGGCAAAUAACACUUCCGAUGCAAACUGCCGUCCUGAAUCUAUGACCGCUGCUCUUGCCACCACUACUACUCCCACGCAGAUUACUUCGACCAGUACCUCUGCAAUAACAUCACACCCUCAACUAACCCCCUCAACAUCUCCAAUCAGUCCAAACUCAAAAGUGGGAGGAAUAUUAACUAACCAAUCAGGAAAAGACAAAAAAUCAGGCCUAGGACACAAAAAGAAAGUGAAACAUGUCAUGUGGGAGGACACUGAGAAUUCUGAACCCAUUAAAAGCCCAGAUUCAUCUGUCCUGACAAGUCCACUAUCCCGGUCAAGGUCCCAGCGACUCAUCAGAGCGCCAUCCAUCUUCUCAUUUCUAAGAUCAAGCAGUCAAAACACAAAAAGCAGUUCUCUUUGCACUACAUCACCCAAGACCUCUCACUUGCAGGGGGGAAAAGGAGAGAACUAUCGAUCCUUGUCUUCUGACUCUACUGAUCGACUAUUGAGAGAGGGAGAAGAAUCAAAAGAAAACCCCAGUGAAGCAAUGUGCUUUGACCAAGAGAGAAGAGAAGCAACCCCAUGCAGACUGCGGCGGUCACUUUCAUUGCAGGGUGAUGAAUUCCUGUAUCAUUCAGCUGCUCUCACGCCACCUCCUGACUUUUCAAAUGGAUUCAAGAUCCGUUACAGUCCCCCACCUUACUCCACUCUCAUCUCCAACCGUGGUGAAACUAAGAAGGCAAUUCCUCGGUCACCACUCUUCCAAAAUGUAAACGCCAACUCAAACUAUACCUCAAAUCAUCCAGCGUAUUCUAAUUUGAUUGCAGAUGCAACAUCAUAUAACACAAAACCAUCACCUACAAAUUCACCAAAGCCAUUGUCCUCUCCUCUCCAGAACAAAAUGUCAUCACUCGAUAAUUUAUUGUACAGUGUUUCAAAAACUGAUGAAAUAAACAAUAAUAACUGCAAGAGCAUUUGUCGCAAUCAACAAAAUGGCCGUGUAUUACUUGUCAAGAGCAGACUUGAUGUUAGCCCACAAUCUUAUGAAAGCUCAAAAAUGGAUAGAACUGCUUCAACUCCAAAGAACACAACACCUGAGUUAUUGCAAACAUUCACAAAGACACUCCCUGCUGUGGAGGCAAAGCCAGGUGACUCAAAUCAAAGUUCGAGUGGCAGCAGCUCCAUGGAUAGUCAGUCCGGGGGUGAUGACAUCGGCAACAAAAAAAUGGAGAGCGUGAUGAGUAAAUUCAGACUUUUCUCAGCAGAGAGCAACAAUGAGCAAUGCCCGAAGAGACGUCGUUUUGUUAUGAAAAAAAGUAUCAGUACCCCAAACUCAGAAACUGAAAAGUCAAACAAGAGUUGUAAUAAAAUGGACCAGGUUAUCAACAAACUGAGGCAAACUUUCAGCACUAAACGCUCCGAUGAUGAUAUAUUACCAUGGAAAUGGAGGCGAGCCUCUGAUACGCCCUCUGUCAGUGGACUGAGCGGUACCAGCAAUGCCAGUGACACCACAAUUCAGAGCAACCCAACUGCAAAGUGUGACGAACAAGACGUUGGGUUGAAGGACAAAGAAAGGGCAAAACAUGGUGAUAAAUGGGCACAGAACAGGUAUUCUAUCAUACCUACUCUAUCUCUACAAACAUCCGUGACAGAAAAUGAGUUCUUUAUUUGGCCAGAGCAGUCCAAUGGCAAAGCCAUAGACAAAUUAAGUUUUGGUGCAAAAAAUUUGUCCGACCAGAUUGAUGUUGAGAAUAGAGCAAAAAAACAGUUCCUGUGUAUAGAUUCUAGUCCCAGUAAGAGCCCUAAACUCAGCAAGAGUCAUUCUACAAAGUUCAGGAAAUCUACAUCCAGUUCCAAGAGUCCAUUCUCCCCAUUUUCCUCUCUUUCCACUCACUCUCCAUUUUCCUCACCGGAUGUGGCAGACGACAAUGUUUUCUACAGCCCAAAGAUGCAUCGCCGAAGGGAGACCACAUCGCCAUGUGAGCCGGGGGAGGGAAUCAGCCUGGUCAGUUCACGGAGAAGCCGGGCCUCCACAGGUCCACCAAGUACAGGUCCGGUACAGGACGAGGCAUCAUGCUAUGCCGAUUUAAAGUAUGGCAUUGAGCCUGGGAGGUCCGUUUCUGUGAGCUCUGUACUCUCCAGUCGGCCGUCAGGGCCUGGACGAAUCUCCACUGGCGCCAGAUUUAAGAGUGUGGGUGAUCUCUCGGGAUCACUCCCAGCGUACGAACAAGCUGAUGAAGAUUUUAAUCAGUGGUUAGAGAAGAAUUGCAAUCACAGACAAAUCAGUCAGAUGCAGUCCUACUUCCUCAGUGACGCCGAAAAACUGAGGUCAAGAUCUCUUCCUCGAUCACUGACUCGCCGUCUGGCUCAGUGGAGCUCCGGUGUCUCUAAUUGUCCCCCUGCAGACACCACGUCGUCACUGUCACCCCAUCAUUGGAGUCCCAACAUGAACGCUUGUCAUUUCGAAUGGGAUACAGUGAGUCCGCCGACGCCUCCUCCAACACCUCCUCUGUCGCCACAGCCCAGACGAAUGUCCAAACCUCCCAGCCUACCCUCCCCUAAGGUUCCCAGCCCAUCUGGGGAAUCCCUGGACAGCCAGUCCCCCAAGGGGAACUUUCCCUCUCGGAAUUAUGUCUCCAGCCUGAGCACAUUUGAAGAGUCCUCAGACAGCAGCUCAGACACAACUACAGACGACGAAUAUUAUUUGGAAAAAAGUGACGAUGAAGAAAAGGAGACUGAAUUGUGACAGCAGUCUUGAUCCGGGAUCCAGGACCUAGUGUUGUAAAAGUAAGAGGACAUGCAAGAGAAACGUGCAAAGGAAAGAUAAGAACGUAGGCUGACGGUCAUAGCAAGUGACUUAAAAUGCAUCGUCUUUGUUGACUGUAUUUAAAUGUGGUGUCAAUAUGACAUUUUCUUCUUCAAUUAUGCUGUAUCUCUUCCAAGAGACAUCAGUGCUGCCUAGCAUGUUGCUGCUAGACAUAACUAUUUUUAGUUUUUAACUUUCCUGUACAGUGUUUGGAAAAAAAAAUACCCGGUAACUUCAAAAUCUGCAAUAUAGCAGGGGCGCAAAUGAUGAACCGCGACAUAGUCAGGGUACACUGUCAAGUGAAGUAUGUACGUCAGCACAAUUAUGCUUUGCUAAUUUAUGCUAAAUAAUGGCUGCCUAGCACUCAUUUGGACAGCUGCAUGGCUUCAGUGUGGGAAUUUCAUCUACAGAGUAGUUUUAAUCUUCAAGUUUGAUGCUUGCUACAAGUUUCACGGUUGUCCGUCCGGUUUUUGAGAACGGGACGUAGUUGGAUUUUGUUUCUAUUUUGUGUCCGUGUUUGAGCUGAACAUUUACCAAAAUGGUAUGUCCGUGUUCUAUUUCUUUCUUUGGUUGCUGAAAAUGUAUCUACCCCACUAGGUAGAGCCGCUACACUGUAAUUGGGUUUUUUUGCACUUUCUGCUUCAAGGCAUCAUCAUCGUGACGUGUAAUUGAACGCAUUGAGGUCGUCUAGGACCAUUCUGCUGCUGAGCAAUAACUCCACUGGUGAAGGAGAGUCAACGUUCAAAAAUAUUCUUGAGCGUGCUUGAGAUUGUUGUUAAUGUUUUGAAUGUAAAGCUGAUGUUUAUUUUCUUAACUACUUUUUUUUUUUAAUGGGUAAAAGAAUCAUAAUCGAUGUGGUAAUUCAACUUUGUUGUCAGUGCCUGACAUUGUUACCCCAGAUUAAUAUUUGCACAUUGACAAUUCAACGUCCAAUAUGAGUUUUAUGACUUUUAUGAAUAAAUGCCAU